ACCAUCGGGGCCCCUAACAUACGGGAAUCUGUGAAAUCGUGGCUUCAGGAAGCCUAUCUCGAGCGCGAGCAACGAUCGCGCGUCGAAGGCAAGAGCUGCUCGAACGAGGACUGGCUGAAAUUAGACUGCUCAUGAUGAUCUGAGCCCCAUCGUGGUCGCAGCCAUCGACUCGCUCGGAUUGGGUCGGACACUCAGCCUCACCGUGAGAAGCAGAGACGUUCGAAUAGACAUACCGCGACCAUUGCGCGAUUCAUCAUCGUCUCAUCUGAUCAAUCGGACCCAAUAGCUGCUCCCUACCAAAGAUGGAUGAUCAGACUCGUCUCGCAUCGCUCAAGCGAUCUCCGAGCAUGUCUGCUUUCAAGCUCACCUCUUCACUGCUCUCGCGUCGUCUUCAGGCCCGAUCGGAUCCGGGCACGGCGUCAGCUCAGGCUGACGGUACGCCUAGCUCUGCUGUCACAUUGGCGGGGGGAGGUUCGUUGAGCAAGAUCAACGACUUCAUCCUCGCUUUGCCACUCAGCCUAAGCAAUCGACUCAGAGCAGCCUCAGAGGACGCCAAACGUUGCUCAGACGCACUCGUUCCAUCUUAUGUUGUCCCGCCUGCAUCGUCGAGAGCGGCACCGAAAUCGGCGCAGUCGGUUACACACACGCACUACGAGUCACACCAGCCCAGCAUUACAUUCUCGAAAGCAUACAACGAUGUCUCACCGACGAUUUCGCCCAAAAGAGAUCAUUCAACCUCCAUCGUCAAUUCGCUGGGCUCGCCACUAGACGGCCUCGAGGACUCACCUUGCUCAAUCCUGUUUUCGCCCGAGCGCAGGUUCAAGCAUGACGAAAGUCCGACAAGUACCUUUGACUCGAGCCUGAAGAAGCCUGUCAGACAUGAUCGCGGUAUGGACAUUGGCGACGCUAUCGAGGCUGAGUAUCCGUUUCCACGUCUCGACAUGAGUGAAACAGAUCCAGAGCAGCAAUCACUUUGUACUGCCCUGCAGAAGAAACCAACGCUGUACAUGUCCUGCCGGCUGCCCAAUGCCCAAGCGACCGACGAUGUAGCCACGAGUCUCACUGCACUCUGGGGUAGAUCGCGGCCAGUCGUGCAGAACUCAUUCGAAGCAGCUGCACAGGCCAAGUUACAGCAUCAGCGCAUGCAAUCUGAGACAGCAUGGAUGCACCGACGCCAGGACAGCUCUGGUCUGCGUUCAGAUUACAAUGCACGCCCGCAUGACAUGGCCUUUCACUCGCUUCAGACCUUCCUCAACCACUCCCUCGCGGGAUCAGGUGGCACACUUUCGGACACCGCUCGCGCCGCUAUGCCUUGUAACCUAUCACUGGCCCAAGCUACGAAGAUGAACGCAACGAUGGGGGGCGGAGCGAUCAGCAGCUACGGUUUGCCACCGCUCGAGGACGCAGAGAGUGUAUACAGCUCGCCCGACAGAUCUUCACAGGGUGUCGAGCAGCACUCCAAAGGAGGCUCUAUGCUCACACUUUCCGAAUCGCCUUUCACGAUGCAUUCAUUCGCCGGUCGUGGCAACAUCGUUGGCGAUGCCGAUCAGGUUGGCCAUUUCGUCGAAGCUGGCAGCUACUUUGCCACUGCCACUACUGACAAGGUCUGCGAGAUGAUCGAUAAUGUCCUCACUCUGCCUGUCAUCGCCCAAGCCGAAGAUUGUAUCGUUCGCAAACCGCACUACCAGAUUGUGGAAUAUGGCUCUGCAAGGACAAGCUCAUGGGGUCUCGCAAGCUUUGUCGUUCAAAAGAUCAACAAGGCACUCGACAAGAACGACCAGCCAAGCUACUCGGUCGUGCAUGCUGACUGCUCGAGAGAGGCUCUCAUAAGUACUGCUCAGCGCGUCUGCAGCGCCAAUGACUCCUACCUCUCGCCUGCAUGGCUCCACUCACAAGUGCCUAACCUGACAGGCCGUAUCUUUCAGAGCUUCGUCACAUCGGAAUGGGGCACAACCGUCGUACCCGAAUCUUCAGUCCACGUCGGUCUCUCGAUUUUGGAUCUCGAAUGGAGUCAUACGAAUCACUACUGCUCACAGCCAGCCACUCGGGCAUUCAAUGAGCUCACUGGCUUCUUAGAACUGCGCGCAACCGAAUUCAUCAAGGACGGUAUGCUUUUCGUGUGCUUUGUGCAGCGGUCCGAUCUGCCUCCCGCCAGUGUAGCGCGCCCUGGGGACGUUCGACGAUGCACUGAGCCACACACACACGAAGACAGCUUGAUGGUGCCCUCAUUGAAUUCAGGCGGUCGUCGCCGUUCUGGCUCGAGCCCUCCGCCGGCGACUACCGCCGUUUGCACAGAACCACAAGUCGACAUCUGGCGCGCACUGACAAGCACGCUCACACCUUGCGUACAGCGCUUGGUCAGUACUGGUCAGAUCAAGCCAGACACCGCACGCAAUCUCCUCGCAGUACCAAUCUACCCUCGCUCGCCCCGUCAGACGAUCGCAGCUCUCAAAGCUGUCUCAAAUCUGUGGCAACUCGAAGCCUCUUGUCUUACUCACGAAUCUCACGCUGACAGUCUCGAAGCUGUUGCAAGCGAGCCGAGUAAAAAGUAUCAGACCGAUUGCCUGUAUCUGCUGCACCCUGCCUGUGCCGCUGUACGCUCUGGCGCACUGGACUCGAGCGUCUAUGCUGAACACGCGCUGUCGUUUGUCAAACGUCUCUAUGAUCGGCACUUCCGUCAGACGCUCAGACGAACGGGCAUGUCUCGGAACAGCGUCGAAUGGACCCUUCAGCUGCUGUACGACACGCUGCGCGAGAAGAUCGAAGAGGGUGGACUCGCUCGCCUGGAGCUCGAGAUUGCCGUCCUGGCCCUCAGGCGCAGGUGAGUAUCAGCCGGUCUGUAUGUUCUGCUAGCCUUCCUUCUGUAUCCGUCUGCACUCUGGAAAUCGAUGCGU